AUGGUUCUUGCACGUGUGCAAGAUUGGGCGUCUUCUGCUGUGGCCACCUACUUUGACAGACUCAGCGUCUUGCGGCUGGCCGUAUUGGCCGCGGCUUGGCGCCGCAUCCUCGGUGCCUUGUCCGACCUCGGCGUGUUCGGCACGGUGCACGUGGAUGAGGAUACGUUCCGUACGGUGUGCGUCCAGGCUCUGCACUCCCGCCAAAUCCCGAUGCCCGAGCUCCUUCUGCAGUGGGGCGACUUGGGGUACUCUGAGGCGAUCGUACCCUUGGGACCAGUGCCAUCUGCAGAGGCAAAGACCGUCGACUUCUUGCAGUACGCGACAGUCGGGGCUCUCUGCGACCCUACGGCCGACGUCCCACAGGCGGGGUGGUUUCUUCUUCGCCCAUGA